UUGGAGGGACAAUGAAAGACGGCAGCAUUCGGCGCUUUCUUUAUGCCCUUCUUUCACAUGGCUCCCCGUCAAGGAACGGAACGACAUAUUGGUCACAAAGAAGCUAAUACAAUAACUUUUUGCACAUUAAUUUCACUUGGUCUAAGGAAUCAAGCAAGCAAAACGAGAUAAUGAGCUUGGUCAAUUAUAACCGGAGUCCCCCUCCCGCGCAACGGCGCUCGUCUCUUUUCCUCUUAAACUACUCCCUGCAACCCCCCGCGAGAUACAGCAAAAGGAAGCAAUACGAGAAGAACAAUCCAACAUGACCAGCCGCAACUCUCUGCCCCCUCCAACAAGGCAGAGGUAUCCACUAGGGGUGCUCGACCUCAGCAGGGCCGAAUUACAAUCGCUCAUAAAAGUUUUAGAGGCAGAGCCUGAGCUAGACGCCUACCCGUACUACACAAAAGACACUCACAUUCAAAUCCAGGAUGCCAUUAGGACACUACCUUCCGGGCUUCACAAAAGGUGCUCAGUCCGUUCUCUGCCCUGCGCCUUCAUCCUCGCCGGAACUCUAUGUGCCACGCACAGACGCCUAAACCCGUACAUAAUCAGCCAUAUCUUUCGAUUGAUCAAACGGGAAGUCGAAGACCACCUAGACCUCGUUACUAUGUGGUACUCGGGAGAUCUACUUCCUCCUCUUAAGGAGACAGUUCAAUGUCUACGAUCGCUUCGUGGUAUGUGGUGGGACCCCAUUUCAGAUCAAACUCCCCCAAGUGGGGCUGUCCCACGCCAACAGAACAAGUGUGAAGCAUGUAUGACUGCGCGUGUCGUUUCUAAUCCGGAAUACCUGCGAAACCUCGGUGUAGCGCUUCGGAGUCGAAUGCGAGAGCGAUGCUCUGCUCGAGCUCCUCCAAAACUUUCCCGUGUUAUCCAGGAAGCUCUGAAUAGCCGGUAUGGAGGUCCACUUGAGAUGCUUGACGAUUAUGUCUUGGGAGUCUCCAAAGGCCUGAAGCAGGCCCGGAAGGAUGCAGCGCGCAAUAAGCGAUCGCAUGCGCGCGUCUGUGAUCGUACUAAAUGCGUUGCCCGUCAUCUGUGCUGUCCUGCACCUGCCGAGAGACUGUAUGAACGUCCAUAUCUUGAUCAUCCCACUCCAGAACGCCGGCCAAGCGUUGAAACAGUCCAUGUCUGCAUGCAUCCGGAAACAGUUUCGCCGCUACAUCCAGAAACCAGGUACGUGGAUGUGGAAGAGGACGAGGAAGAAAAAAGGCAAGACCAACUCGUCAAUGACAUCCUCAACGCCUACAAAAGUCUCUCCCCAGGCUGGAAGCGGGCUGCUGCUGCUUUGCUUCCAGCUCUCGAAGAUCCAGCUGCGCCUGUAAACCAACAAUACCAACCACCAAGUAUCAGCCCCUCUCACCCACCACCUUCCACGCAAUCUGACUGUGAGGGCUACCCGUAUAACACUAGCAUGGUCGAUGAUACAGGUCUUCCAGAUAGCCCUACUAACGAGCAUCUCAUGAGUCAGAUCGGAAACAUGCUCGUCGGGAACGGGUCUCGGGCUGAGAGCACGCAUCCCCCAUCCCAAGGGCAUGCUAAAGUUUCACCCCACGGUUCGUACCAGAACACAGCGGAAGUCUAUCUCGAGCCUGAUAUAGACCUUGGAAACCCCCAUUGCUAUACAGAACAAACUAGCUUCGACUACGAUGGCAACAGCGAGGAAGGAGCGGGUGAAGAUCGAAAGAGUAGGAAGCCCAAGGAAGCGAAGUAGGGCAUGUUUGUGGGCAAGCCUGGCCAAAUUGCAACAAGACGCGAUACACCGUCGUGUUGAAGAUGGCUAUUUGAGAAGUUCAAGGUAGGGCGAGAGCGCGCACGGCGUCACGAGCAUGGGGUCAAGACCAGAAAGCGAAACGCCAUUGCAUUUCAUUUGAUAAAUGAUUUUCCUAUCCUUAAAAGAUCUUUUUUGUCUGGCCACCAAAUUAUGAUUGAUAGUAAAAACAUAAACGGGAGUCUGAAGUAUAAUUAAAAUAAAUGAAUCAUGAUUCUCAUAUGCAAC